AUGCCAGCUAUUUUGUUUGCUUCAACACCAUACACUCUUCAUUUAUGAAUUUUUGAUGGGCUGAAAAGAAUAAAGAUAACUUUUGCUGAUGAAAUAAUUGACUUUAGAAUGAGCCCUAAAGCUAGAUGAAUAAUGAUUUGGAUUAAAUCUGUUAUUAAAAUUAUCAGUUCUGAAAAACUUGAACUAGUUUAUGAAAUUGAAAAUUCUCAGCCUAAAAAUUGGAAAUUUUCUAAAAACAGUGAAAAGAUUGCUUAUUGUUAUAAAAAAAACGCUGUUAUUUUUGAUAUUCAAACAAGAAAUUUAAUUAAACUUAAGCAUAGUAACUUAGUGAGAAAAAUAAAAUUCACUAGCGACAUCAAAUAUAUUUUUACAGGUUGUGAAGAUUGCUCUAUUAGAAUCUGGAAUAUCGAAAAGCAAAAAAAUAUUUUUGUAUACUAUACAAAUAUUAUACCAAUGAGAUUGAAACUUGACGAAUAUCAUGGGCGCUUAUUUUAUGCAAAUGAAUUUGAUCUUGCCAUUUUGGAACAUCCAUGCACAAAUCAAAUAAAAAAGGAAAUUGAAUAUAGUGUUAAAGAUGUGAAGAUUUGCAAAAGGACAAAACUGCUUUUCUUUUUAUUAGAGAACUUUCAAAUCCAAAUAUGAAAUUGAGAAUUGAAUUCCAAAAUCCACGAAAUUGAAUGAAAUUAUAGCAUUGAAAGCUUACUGAUUUCUAAUGAUGGUCAAUUGGCUGUAUAUAGUGAUGAUUCAUAUCUUGUACAUAAAUUUGACAUGACCGAUAUGGCUACUCAAGCCUUUAUGCGAAAAAAUGAAAGCAUUUAUUGAGAAAGCAUAAUAGAUGAUUGGCUAAUAUUAAUCUCUCAGACUCAAGCAACUUUUAAAAAUUUAAAAACUGAUCAGGAAGAUAACCUCUCUUUAGCAGAUGUGCCAGUUAUUUUCAAAAUAGUGAAAAUAAUCAGUCCUUACCCUCUUUUUAUGGUUGGAUCAUUGCAUAGAGACAUUUGAAUUAUACAAAAAGAAUCUAAGAUAAUUCUAAAACGAGAACAUUAUGAAAACAUUGUAUUUAUAUCUGCUAUAAACAAUAAAAAAUAUUUUGUGAGUGAGGGUUUGGAUAAGAAGGUGAUACUUUGAUCAUUAAGCACUCAUGUUGCAUUGCAUGCAUUCACAGACAAAUCUUACAGCUCUGACUGAAUAGGAAUUACAGACAAUGACAAGUAUUUAGUUGUUAAAUAUCAAGACUCAAAUGUUAAUAUAUUUAAGCUACCAGAAAUGACUAUCCAUUACUCCUUUAAAAUAAGCAGAAGGCACAAUUUCUUCAAAAUAUUCCAAAAUUACUUGACUUUUAUGAAUAAUUCAACACUGAUAUUAAAGAAUGUAAAAUCUGCAAUUGAAGUUCCUUUAUUAGAUAUAGGAUAUUGAAAUAUAUGCAAUUAUGAAAUAUCCCAAGACAUGACUUCUUUAAUAGUCUUUAAGCGUGCAAAUGAAGUGGAAGCCUUCGAACUUAAAUAUAAUUUCGAUGAAAUGGCCCUUAACGAUAUUAGGUUUUCUUUUAGCACUGAUUGAAUCUCAAAUUUCAUAGCAAAGCAUAUUCUUCUCCAGCCAGAAACUGAACCCUUUGAAGAAUCAAAAACAUUUCUGAUACAACCAUAUGGAGUUAAAUUAUUGCACAUUUAUUCAUAUUUCGACUUGAAAGAUAACCUUGAAAAAGCACUCGAGCUUGGUGUGCAAAUAAUACGAGACAUUGAUGGUUUUAGCCCAAUAGGCUAUGCAAUAAUGAGAAAUUCUAACAGAUGUAUUGACCUGAUAUUGAACUUUAUAGCAGAAACUAAUGAGUCUGAAAGAUUUAAAUGUGUUUCUGCAAUCAAAAAUGACAUCCCCAAACUCUUUAAAUUGCGUUUAAAGAAUCUAACAAAGUUUUUAUCAUCACUUAUUAUUAAAUCUCCUCCUUUUUCUAUUACAAAGGCUAAAUUUCCAUCUGUAAUCUUAUCAGACAAAUUAUACUUUGACAUUUAUUCAAUUAAUACAUUAAGAAAUACUGACAAAGGCACGAUAGUUUUAAAGAUAUCAACAAAUAUAUUGAAAUGAGAUUAUUCAUUUGGCCUUAAGGAGAGUCUGGAACUGCUUGAAAGUAUGUAUAAUACUUCAGACUCCCAGAUUUAUCAAUCAAAAUUUGCCAAUGAAGUCAUCAAUUAUAAAUGAGAUCAGCUGCAAGUUCCCAUUUCUCUGAGCUGCCUACUAAUUUUAUUUAUGAUAAUACUGAUGUGUAUGGAUAUCUGUUUCCCUGAUCAUAAUUUGAUUUAUGUUAUUUUGGCUAUCAAUUUUAUUUUGACUAUUGCGGAUUUUAUAAAAAUGAAGCAAGCAUCAAAAGUCUAUAUGCUCAAUCAUUCAAAACAAUUUAUUCUGCACAUUAUUUCAAUAGUUUGAUGCCUUAUAGAAUUAUGCUAUCAUAAAAUUUAUUCGCUAAAUAUUAUAGUCAUUUUAUGAAAUCUUAUGAUCAGCUUUGCAAUUUUCAAGUGAUUUAAAGUUACAAGAUCCUAUAUUAGACUGUUUAUACUUGUUGCAACAGAAACUUUUCCUUUUUUGCUGAUUUUUUUGUUUGUGAAUGUGAUUUCAGCAAUUGCUUAUUUAAUUGUAACAGAUACAAAUGAUUUUUCAAUAGCAUUCCUAACUGCUUACUUUCUUAGUAUGAAUAAUCUUAGCAUAGAUGCUAGAUACAAUGAGAAGAUCUAUUGAUAUCUAAUAUUUUCUACUGUCAAUACAUUUUUGCUUUUCAAUAUGCUUGUUUAUAUCCUAGAUCCAGUUUUUGAUGAAACGAGAAACAAUAUUGAAGAAACAGAUUUAGAGGACAAAUUACGGGUCAUUAUAGAAAUAGAGCAUCUCUUAUUUUGGAAGAAAAAGAAAAAAUCAUAUUUUAUGCACUUAAUUAAGACAAAUAAUUCUUGGUAA